GUAGAUUAGCUGACAGAAGAAGACGUCAUCGCGGUGUAUUAAAAGACGAAGCGCGCUCUCUCACCGUUCUCAUUCGACCAGCAGCUCAGCUUGACUUCAUUGUGCACUACAGUCAUAAGCUACAUUGAAGAUGUCGGACGAGGGUAAAUUGUUCAUUGGAGGUCUGAAUUUUGAUACCAACGAGGACACCCUGGCCGCGGCCUUCGGCAAAUAUGGAACCAUUGAAAAAGUGGAUGUGAUUAGAGACAAAGAGACCGGGAAAUCUCGCGGUUUUGGCUUUGUGAAAUACGAUAACAUUGACGAUGCAAAAGACGCCAUGUCAGGAAUGAACGGAAAGACAAUUGAUGGGCGGACAAUUCGCGUGGACGCAGCAGGCAAGAGUGGGCGCCCUAGAGGAGGUUUUGGCGGACCCCGUGGCGGUGGAAGAUUCGGAGGAUCACGGGGGAGAGGUGGGCGAGGUUACUCCAGAGGUGGCGGAUACAAUGGUGAACGGAGCUACGGUGACAGAGGCUACAAUGACAGAAGUUAUACUGACAGGGGCUUCGGAAGUGGAGACAGGAGCUUUGGAAGCGGUGGCGGUGGUGGAUACAGGAGUGGAGGGUACUCCGGUGGUGGCGGCUACAGGGAAAAUAGGGGUCAGAGUGGAUAUGGUGAACGCCAAGGAAACUACCGCGAUGGAUAUGAAGGCUAUGCUGCACACGAGUAAACAUCUCUCCCUGAUUCAAGAUCAUCACUUGGCUGGCUGUAUUUCAAAGAUGCGCUCCUCAAGAAAAAUGUCCACGUGUUAUUGCUGACCUUAGUUUUGUAGUUAUGUUGUAGUAGCUCAAGCAUCUUCAAAAAAUGUAGCCAUGAGUUUGGGUCAUUCCUUAAAAAACCAUGUUACAAAGUGCAGUUCAAGACUCUUAUCUUGCUUGAUUGGGCAUCUUGAUUCCUCAAAGGUCGUUUGAAAAUUAAAAGGCAUCUGUGUAAUCUGAUUAAUACUUUAAGUCCCACAAUGGGGAUCAAGCAGCUCUCCGCAUGGCUUUUCGUUGAACAGCCACUACCAUUGCUGUAGACUUUUUGUCCAGCACAUAAGUUUUUCCUGAUUGUUGUUUUUGUUUUUUAUAUUGAAAUAUCCGAUGGGGCUUGUUUUCUUUGUUCCUUUUCUCCCCUGUCAGUCGCUGUGACUGGCCUACGUCUUGCCAGGUUUUAAACUGAGUGAAAAGAACGAGCUCUGAUACUCAAACAGGCUUUUGGGGGAUUUUUAUGCUAAAUUCCUUUUUUUACAAUUAAAAACUUAGUUUAGUCGAGGCUCCUGUGUGUUCAAUUUCCCAAAAGAGUGAAUUCCUUUCAGACUGGUGAACUACACAUCCGAAGCAGCCGGCUGUUCAUGAAGUCUGUCCAAGGUAUCUUCUGUGCUCUGCUCAACAUCUGCAUUUUAAAUGUGCUGUAAAAUGGACUAAUCUUGUUUAAGUGAUCGAAAAAUGUAACUACGUUUCCCCAAAGUAAUAUCUCACCGGGAACAGUUUUGUACUUUAUGUUCUUUGUAUGAUCAAUAUUUUUUUUCUUUGUCAGUUCGGCUUCAUGGAGCCUAUUAAACAGACUGUGGAAAAUAA